AUGACUCGACGAAACUCGACGUUCAAUGUCAACAACGACAUUCUUCUGAACUCCCUGACGAGCCCACUGAUACGUCAUAUUCGCCAAACCACGGGGCAAAACUUGCGCGAGAAUUUUCGCGCUGGUGUGGCUGUCUUUAAGGGAGCUAGAGCGUCGAUGUCUCGGGAAGAGGUUUAUCGAUGGGAGGAGCAUUAUAUGUCGGCGUUUGAUUUGGUUACUGCUUAUGUGAAAGCAUUGGAGUCUGGUGUUUUGGUUGGAAAACAGCUGGAGGUGGAAAGAGAGCGUGUAUUCACGCGGUAUGCGGAGGCAAUGAAUGGUCUUGAGGGUUGGACUGUUGAAGAUGAUUUCUUUUCGGGGGCCCCGGGCUCUGCCUGGGGGGGCGAAGCCCUUCUUAAGGGGUGCACUGGCAACAAUUGA